AUGGCAUACGCACUUCUCGGAUCUUUUGUGUCCGUGGACGACAUCGCUCGAACACCGAGCGACAGCAAGCAGACGGGCGUCAUCAAACUUGCAAACAGCAUCCAGGAUGAGGGCUACGAUGUGCUCUGCCUUCCCCUCACCACCGAUCGGUGGAAGAAGCGGUGGACGGAGACGUGCAUCUCGUCGCUGGGGGAGGACGAGAGCAGCGGAGAUCGCGAUCGCGAGCAGCGCCUGGCGGACGAAAAGCGCGCCGAGGACUGGCGAUCGCAUCCCGCGUUCAAGCUCGAUGAGGUGACGAUGACACGGCUCGAUGAAGCGCAGGGCGUUGUCGUCGUCGCGUCCGAAUGGCUCGAGCUCGAUGCCGCGGACGACUGGGUGCGCCACGACGCGGCGAUCGCGCUGCAGCAGGAGCUCGCGUACGCCGCCUACCUCGGCAUACAGAGCGUCAUCAUUCCUCGCCCUCGCAACCGCGAGCACGUCGCGUCGUACGCGCGUAUCGUCAAUGCCUGUCUCAAAUCUGUCCCCUACGUCAACCUCUCCAUCCGCCUGCCCAUCUACGAUCCCUCGAAGCUCGAUGAGGGCAUCCCCGCGUCGCCCUUCGUCCUUGGCCGCAGCCCGCGCAUGUCCUCGUCGAUGCCGGGCACACCGCAGCUGAUGGUGUCGGAGGAAACGCGCUUGGCAGUGCCGCCGCGCGGGGGUGGUGGACCAGAGCGCGAGCUCAACACGACUUGGGAAAUGUGGGACCUCAUCCCGGACGAUGUUAUAUUUACUGUUUGCUCAUACAAUAACUUACAGAUCAACCUAGCCCUCGACCUCGCGCUUGCGCUGCCCUCGACCAUAGGUGUCCUCAACCGCUGGUCCGCCGAGCCAGUCAGACACAUAUUCCUCCCCGCCUCCACCUUCAUCGCAAACGCAAAGGGCUACCCUGUCCUCUCCAAAAUCACCCAGUCCUUCCUGCGCGCCAGCAUGACAGCGAGUCAUCAACCCACUAUCAUCCUCUCCGGCACGAAGGACGGCGUGCACGAGCGCGGAGGGGGCGCGGCGUACGUGCAGUACGUGCGCCACCUCGAGCGGACGAGCCCUGUGGUGCGCGCCACGGAGACGGAGGGCACGGUCGAGCACUUUGCGCAGGGAUAUCAGGAUUAUUUGCAGGCGCCGCUUCAGCCUCUGAUGGAUAACUUGCAAAGCGCGACGUACGAGACGUUCGAGCGCGAUCCGGUGAAGUACCACCAAUAUGAGGAGGCAAUCUUCGCCGCAGUCUCCGACAUGAAGGACGUCGAAAAUUUAACCAUCUGCGUAGCCGGCGCAGGCCGCGGUCCCCUAGUAGCCCGCGCACUGAAUGCCCUACAACGCGCCAAGAAGGACGCCAAAAUAAUUGCAGUGGAGAAGAACCCCAACGCCUUCGUAACCCUUCAACGCCGGCAGAGUGCGGAAUGGGGCGACAAGGUCACACUGGUGUACGGCGACAUGCGGGCUUUGGACGUGCCCGAGCCCGCAGAUAUUCUGGUCAGCGAGCUGCUGGGGUCCUUCGGGGACAACGAGCUCAGCCCGGAGUGCUUGGAUGGCGCGCAGAGGUUUCUGAAGCCGGACGGGAUAUCGAUACCCUCUUCUUACACAGCGCAUCUGGCACCGCUGUCGUCGGCGAAACUGUACAACGAGGCGCGCUCGGGAGCGUCGGCGGCUGGGAGCCCGGCAGGCCUCGAAACGCCGUAUGUCGUGAUGCUGCAGGCGGUGAACAUAUUGAGCGGCGAUGGUUCUGGUGUAAGCGGUGCUUGCGGCUCGCGCAUCCAGGAGUGUUGGUCAUUUGACCAUCCGCGGAGAGAUGCGUUGCUGGACGAACGAGGUCUGCCAUUGAGCAACAGCCAUAACGUUCGAAGCGCGAAGUUGAAGUUCCACAUACCGCAUGCGGGGGUCAUGCACGGUCUCGCUGGCUACUUCGAAGCCGUGCUGUACGGCACCAUCGGCCUGAGCAUCCACCCCGAGCGCAAGGACCACGUCUCGAAGGACAUGCUGAGCUGGUUCCCGCUAUUCUUCCCGUUUAGGGAACCCCUCUACCUGCCCAGCAAUUCCGAGCUGCACGUCUCCAUCUGGCGACUGACCAACACGAAGCAAGUGUGGUACGAGUGGCACGCGGAAGCUUUCCUUGCCGUGCAGGCGAUGGCGCCGCCCGGGCAGUGGCAGGGCCCGUCGCGCUCGUCGACGCUGGGCCUGCUCUCGCCGAGCCCGUCCGCGUUCGACAUGCCGGUGCCCGCGAGCCCGCUCAUCGACGCGGUGGACAUGCCACCGUUCGGGUCGCCGAGCGAGGCGCCGGCGACGCCCGUGCGCGAGUCGAGCAUCUUUAGGGCGCGCGCGGAGCCGUUGACCAUGAUCAAGAUAGGGCAGACGAACCUGCACAAUCCGGGCGGGAGGAGCAGCUGGAUUGGGCUGUGA